GUGCGAGAUGUUCCUGACACCUGGCAGGUGUGUCGGGGGGGAAGUGUGCACUUCCUCUAAAGAGAAACGCACACUCACACUCUCUCUCACUCACACACACACACACACACACACACACACACACACACACACACACACACACAGUCAGUCAGUAAGUUGCACUUCCUGUGAUCAGAAGCGUGGACAGCAGCAGCUCUCAGUUUGAAUCAUCGACGCAGCGGAGAUGUGGCGCUCGCUGCUGCCCCUGCUGGUCAGUCUGAGUCCUGCGCUUCUGCUCCUGCUACAGCUUCCUGACUACACCACCACACAGGAAGCACACUGGCAGGACUACAAAUAUGGCCACCAACUAGGCAAAAAGAAUUUCUGCACCUGGAAAUGUCUCCUGUUCACGCUGCAGUGGCCCGGAGCUUUCUGCCAGUCUCUGGAUGACCCGUCUCUCUGCACGAUUCCUCCGGAUGUCAACAACUGGACGAUUCACGGUCUGUGGCCUGUUCAAGUGAUGAACUGCUGUAACUGCUGGCCCAUGUUUGAGUCUGACGUGCAGGAUCUGCAGGCGGAGCUGACUGAACACUGGCCGUCGCUGCUGAAGACUCAGCCCUGCUUCCACUUCUGGAGAGACGAGUGGCAGAAACACGGUGUGUGUGCAGCGUGUGUGGAAGGGAUGAACUCUCCGCUCAGAUACUUCCAGAUCUGCCUCAAACUACGACGACAGUUUGAUAUCCACACGCUGCUGGAGGACGCUGGUGUCACUCCGUCCUGUGAACGAUCCUACAAGCUGGUGGAGGUCCGUCAGGUUCUGGCUGAACACUUCGGAGACAAACUUCAGAUCCAGUGCGUCACAGACGUCAAGAGAGGUGUGGUUUCAGGUGAAGAUCCCGCUGUCUCACAACCUGACUGUCGGCUGUGAUCACGCCGAAGCAGGAUGGGACUCCUCCCACGGGCAUCCCUGCCCCCCCGAGGAGCCUUUCUACUACUUCCCCAUAGACCACCAGCGGCCACAGCAGCCCUGCGGCUGACGCAGCCCCCCCCCACCACCAGCAGCCCUGCGGCUGACACAAUGUACAUUCUACAUGUGAAACACCGUGUUGCCUCGCUCUCCUGUUGGACUUUCCUUUCUUCCAAAACCUUCCAACCCCCCCCCCCCCCGCAUUUUGGAAAUGAUUCAAUCUUUCUUUUUUCAAUAAAUGUUGACUUUUGGACUUUAAA